CCCAAUCUCGGCUAUACUACUAAUAGGCGCGGCGCUCGGACUAUAAAACACAACAAAUCAUAAACCCGGCGGAGCAGCAGCAGCCGCGCGCGCCUCCCCUCCCGAUGAGUUCCUAUUUCGUGAACUCCACCUUCCCCGUCACUCUGGCCAGCGGGCAGGAGUCCUUCCUGGGCCAGCUGCCGCUCUACUCGUCCGGCUAUGCGGACCCGCUGCGGCACUACCCCGCGCCCUACGGGCCGGGACCGGGCCAGGACAAGGGCUUUGCGGCGUCCUCCUAUUACCCACCAGCCAGCGGCGGUUACGGCCGGGCGGCGCCCUGCGACUACGGGCCGGCGCCUGCCUUCUACCGGGAGAAGGAUGCGGCCUGCGCCCUCUCCGGCGCCGACGAGCCGCCCCCAUUCCAUCCAGAGCCGCGGAAGUCUGACUGCGCACAGGACAAGAGUGUGUUCGGAGAGACCGAGGAGCAGAAGUGCUCCACGCCCGUCUACCCGUGGAUGCAACGCAUGAAUUCAUGCAACAGUUCCUCUUUUGGGCCCAGCGGUCGGCGAGGCCGCCAGACGUACACUCGCUACCAGACCCUGGAACUGGAGAAGGAAUUUCACUACAAUCGCUACCUGACCCGGCGGCGGCGCAUCGAGAUCGCGCACGCCCUGUGCCUGACCGAGCGGCAGAUCAAGAUCUGGUUUCAGAACCGGCGCAUGAAGUGGAAAAAGGAGAGCAAACUGCUCAGUGCGUCUCAGCUCAGUGCGGAGGAGGAGGAAGAAAAACCAACCGAGUGAAGGUGCUGCAAAGGGAGGGGGGACGCGAAGGGAGAGGCCUGUGGGGUAACCGAGGGCACCCGAAAGCCCCAGAAGGCUCUGCGGUCGGGGGGAGUCUGGGGACUUGCUCUCCAGCGCAAGACGGGCGGGGCCCAAGCGCUCUCCUGGACGUCCCCGCCCGCAGAACUCUUCCUGGGCGCUUGGAGGCUGCCCACCCAGCACCCCAGCGCCUCCUCCCUCCCCGAAGAAACCACCUUGGCCUCAUCAGACUCCCUGGUGAGAACUGAGAAUCGGACUCACUUGACGUCUCUGGAAGCAGAGCAGAAUGCUCUUGUCCUUGUCGAGUCUCAUUUCGUCCAUGUCCCCCGUGCACGGUUCAAUGGUAGAUUCUCUGUCCCCUCAGCAGGGACCUGAAAGACUCCCUACCCCAGACUUGUCUCUCCUACCCCCUCCCCAAAACCACUGGAAGGAGCACAUACUACCUAGAAUUAAGAAGAGGAGCCUCAGAAGAAAACAAAGUUCUAUUUUAUUAAUUUUCUAUGUGUUGUGUUUGUAGUCUUGUCUUAGCUCGGGACGUGAAAUACUUCGGUAAUAAUAUUAAUAUUAUUAAUAAUGAUUAUGAUAAUGAUGAUGAUAAUAAA